AAUCAGGAAGUAUUUUAGUUACACAAGGCGGAAGCGUAUAAUUUACUGAACCUGAAAGUGUUUUGGCAAAAAAAAGGAGAUAACCGUGUUAAAGAGGAACAAUAUUGAUACAACUCGCAGUUCACAAGGCGGGGUGGAGAUUAUUUUUCGUUGCUGGUUGAGCACUGUUGGCCAAACAAGUAAAGGACAUUGAAGACAUCGCAUUGGGCUCUGCAAAACUGUGAAUGCCAAACUCUGUCUGCCCAAUCCAGUUCUUCCCACCAGAAGAUUGAUCCUCGACCUCACUAACCAGCAGUGCCUGUGUGUCCAGAGUCGGCUCCUGCCUUUACAACCUGUUAGCUGGUAGUGUCAGGCCCUCUCCAUCCAUAACAGUUUCUGUCUCUGUCAAUGGCUGGGCGCGGUGGAGGAGCAACCAGGCCCAAUGGUGCCACAGCAGCAAACAAAAUCUGCCAGUUCAAACUGGUGCUGCUGGGGGAGUCGGCAGUGGGCAAGUCCAGCUUAGUGCUGCGCUUUGUCAAAGGCCAGUUCCACGAAUUCCAGGAGAGUACCAUUGGAGCUGCCUUCCUCACUCAGACUGUUUGUCUGGACGACACCACUGUGAAGUUUGAGAUCUGGGACACAGCGGGUCAGGAGCGCUACCAUAGCCUGGCUCCAAUGUACUACAGAGGAGCUCAGGCGGCCAUCGUGGUCUACGACAUUACCAACACAGAUACUUUCGGACGGGCGAAAAACUGGGUGAAGGAGCUGCAGAGACAAGCCAGUCCUAACAUAGUGAUUGCUCUGGCAGGCAACAAGGCGGACAUCGCAAACAAGAGAGCCGUAGAGCUUCAGGAGGCACAAACCUAUGCUGAUGACAACAGUCUACUCUUCAUGGAGACCUCAGCCAAGACUGCCAUGAAUGUGAAUGAAAUUUUCAUGGCUAUUGCAAAGAAGCUACCGAAGAACGAGGCUCAGGGUGGAGCUGGACAAGGUGGACGGACCCGGACAGGAGUGGAUCUACAAGAAACUGCCCCUCAGGGCCGCAGCGGCCAGUGCUGCGGCGGUGGCAAUUAGCAAGUACAAAACAAUGAACUUAGCGAGCGAGCCCUGAACAUUGUUUUAAGGACAGAACAUAGCUAAAAACCCAGAGAGGCAGGAGAGAGCAGAGCCACUCGCCACUCCUGCACCUAAACUGAGAUUACAGAUGAGAUUAUCUGGAUCCUCUUUGAUUAAAGGAACGUUUUUUUAAAAAGAAUCAUAAGCUAGAGGGAAUUUCAAAGAUCCCUCACUACUUCUCCUCUGUCUUUCCCCGGUGUAUCUAUCUACCUCCCUGUUCCCCUUCAAAUCCCUGUCUCUAGUUGAUUGAAUUCUGUCUUAAAUUAUCUUUUUUGAGGGGUGAUAUUGAGGUUGUUUGGCAUUUUCCCUAAUUGUUUGUUUGUGUUUUUAUGUUAUGUACAGUGCGGUCCAAAAGUCUGAGACCCCUUUGCCAUUCAAGUGAAUAGGAAAGUGAUCUCAGACUUAGAUCAGACUUGGGCCCCCCUGUAUAUGUAUGUGUAUAUAGUAUAUACUUAUAUGCACAUAUGCAUAUAUAUUGACAGUCGUUUACUUUUCUACUCCUGUCAGUUCCUUCUACAUUCAUCAUCAUUAUGAAAGAUAGAAAUACCCAACUAUUGAUAAUGCUGAAAUUGCAAAAGGCAGAGUAAUUAAUCUUUUUGUCUUAUUGCAGUUGAGAUCACAGCAUUAUGUUCUUCUCUUUAGGGACCUGAACGUGACACAGUUAUAAGGAAAGCUCGAGACUUUGCUUAUUGAAGCAGGCUAUGAUUUGAUAGGCUACACAUCUGAAAAUAUUUCUGAGCUGUGCAACAAAUGCAGUUGUGUGCAUUCAUUGUGUAUUCAUACCUGUAAAACCAGAGAGUUGUUAGCCUUUUUUAAAUGAAAUGUGAGAAUAACUUGUAAAUCUAAAAAGUAAUAAAUGACAUGCGAGAUUCAUUUUGUUUUGCAGUGUAUGGUUUGGCAUCAGUGGACAUUUCCAGUUAUUAUUUGCAUGUUUUAAGUCUGUUGGCAGUGAAGGUUGUUUACAGGUUGGGAGGAUACUGUAUUGGCCCAAAUAUAAGAUACUGUUGGUUUGUUUGUUUGUUUUUCCUGGAAAUUACAUGUGAAAAAACAGGGACGUCAUUAUGAUGUCAUAGUGAAUUCAGUGUUUUUCUGAAUCUGUCAACAAGAGUCAUGAUUCAGGUUGCAGUUAACACGUAAAUUAACUUCCUGCUGAUGAAUGUUUUCUUUUGCAUGAUAAAUUGGAAUCAGAAAUGCCACAUUUGUGUCACUUACAUUAUUUUUAAAGAUGUAUUUAUACUGAUUUUCUCACUCAAUUGAUUUCCUUCUAUAUAUAUUACUUCAGAUUAUUUAAAAGAUGUCAGCUUUGAUAUAUCUGCCUACCGUGUUGAGUUCAAAGCUUAAUCAUAAAAAAAAAAGUCUAUUUAAACAGGUCUCCCAAAAAGGGGGUCAGGAGAUCAUCUCAUAAUCAGGAUUGUCUUAUAUUUGGGUCGAUAUGAUAUGUGUGCAUAUAGCAAUAAAAAUCUGAUUCUGA